AUGGAUUCUUCCGAAACUUACGAGGGUAAAACAUCUCGUCGUUCGCAUCGAAAAUCUCGCCUGGGCUGCAAUAAUUGCAAGGCCCGCAGAGUUAAGUGCGAUGAGACCAAACCGCGUUGUGUGAAUUGUGCACGUCAUUCCGUUGAGUGCACCUAUAGCCAAGUGCCUGCACGUUUCAGUCAAUCAACCUCGCGCAAAGGAAAUGCAAUCCCAGACUCAGGCUCUAGAAGCCGACCGGGCACGGAAUUUUCUUUCAUCUCCUCGUCCCAGUCGGAUUUCACUAUCCCUAAGCGAACGCAUAAGGAGAUUGAUCUUUCCACGCCGUCUCCUUCACCUGAUGCAAAUUUGGCUAUAGCGCAAAGGCCAUUCGAGUUCACCAUCACCGAUAUGACUCUAUUGCAUCAUCUCCUUUCGGCAGAAGAACUUAAGCCACACAUACCAGAUCAGCUUAUCCGAUUAGGCUUUUCUGUACAUUAUCUAUUACGUUUGCUCCUUGCACUUUCUGCUUUUCAUUUGAGCCGGACAUCAUCAAGCCACCAGUUUCCCGGACCACAAAUUGAUUUUUCAGUCGAAGCGGAGCGUCAUCUUAGCAUCGCGAUUGCAGGAGUUGCAGCCACAGACCCACAACUACACCAAGGAAAUAGCCACGCGCUCUAUGUUUCUUCCUUGUUCAUCUUCAUUUGCUCGCUUGCUCGGGGACCUCAGCCGGAUGAGUAUUUGACCUUCCGAAAUGACGCCGAUACACCUUGUUUAUCUCUUUUCCACGGCAUUCGGUUGAUCUUGGAGGCAAGUAAUAGACUUGGUAUCUCCCGAGGAUUCUCCGAACUACAUACCGGAGAGCCACAAGACCAUUCAAUGGAUCAAGAAACGGAAAAAGAGCACACUCAGGGGAACCCAUUACUGAUGGUCCAUGACCCACAACAAAACAACACCCUAUGUGAAUUCCGGGAGCCGCUGCAGCAACUACGCUAUCUCGUGUUUAACAAAUUCCCGACUGACAACCCUCGCCAUUACAGCUACUGCCAUGCAUUCGAGAUGCUCUACUCGCGUUAUGAAUCCAUACUUGGAGCUGGUCUCUCCGGUGCGGGUCUAUGGUCGGAGAUCUUUGGUUGGCUUUAUAUGUUACCAGAUCUCUUCGUUCAAGACAUGAGAGACAAAAGUCAUAUUGCCUUGUUACUAUUCUCCUACUUUUUGGUGUUGCUUAAUGAACUUGAUUCUGUGUGGUUCAUCCAACAAUGGCCUCGCCACAUUGCUAAAGGAGUGCAUCAAAAUCUGGAUGAUUAUCACCGGAGAUUUGCUCACUGGCCUUUGAGGCAGCUUGGUCUGCUUUGA